AUGUGCUCACGGGUGCUUGCUCUUGGUCUAGUUGCUACCGGCGUCCUCGUCGCCGCGGGCCCCUGCGACAUAUACGCUUCUGGGGGUACCCCUUGCAUUGCUGCCCAUAGCACUACCCGCGCCCUGUACAGCUCCUAUAACGGGGCCCUCUACCAGGUUCAGCGUGGCUCUGACAAGGCCAAAACCGACAUCAAGCCUCUCUCGGCUGGCGGGGUGGCCAAUGCGGCCGCCCAGGACUCGUUCUGCAACAACACUACCUGCCUCAUCACCAUUAUUUAUGACCAGUCGGGCCGGGGAAACCACCUCACACAGGCGCCCCCUGGCGGCUUCAAAGGCCCGGAGGCGAACGGAUACGACAAUCUGGCCAGCGCCAUUGGCGCACCCGUUACACUAAAUGGCCAAAAGGCCUAUGGCGUCUUCGUUUCCCCCGGCACCGGCUACCGCAACAAUGCUGCCAGCGGCACAGCCAAGGGCGAUGAGCCCGAGGGCAUGUACGCGGUGCUCGACGGGACCCACUACAACCAGUACUGCUGCUUCGAUUACGGUAAUGCCGAAACCAGCAGCCUCGACACGGGCAACGGCCACAUGGAGGCCAUUUACUUUGGCGACUGCACCUCGUGGGGCUCUGGCGCCGGCAGUGGUCCAUGGAUCAUGGCCGAUCUCGAGAACGGGCUGUUCUCUGGCCUCAGCUCCGGCAAGAACACCAACGACCCUCCCAUCUCGUACCGCUUCACCACGGCCGUCGUCAAGGGGAGGCCAAACCAGUGGGCCAUCCGCGGUGCCAACGCCGCGUCUGGCUCGCUGUCGACCUUCUACAGCGGCGUACGUCCCAGCGCCAGCGGUUACAAUCCCAUGAGCAAGGAGGGCGCCAUCAUCCUCGGAAUUGGUGGCGACAACAGCAUCAGCGCCCAGGGCACCUUCUACGAGGGCGCCAUGACCUCGGGGUACCCCUCAGACGCCACCGAAAACGCCGUGCAGGCCAACAUUGUCGCUGCCAAGUACGCCACCACCUCGCUGACCAGCGGUCCGUCCCUCACCGUCGGGUCCUCCGUCUCGCUGCGCGUGACAACCUCCAGCUACACAGACCGGUACCUCGCACACAACAGCUCCUCCGCCAUCAUCACCCAAGCUGUCUCGGCCUCGAGCAGCAGCACCCUCAAGCAGCAGGCCACGUGGAUCGUCCGCACGGGGCUCGGGGGUGGUAACAGCGGCUGCUUUUCGUUCGAGUCGAGGGACACGCCGGGCAGCUACAUGCGCCACUACGACUUUGCGCUCCGGCUGGGCACCAACGACGGCACCAAGCAGUUUGCCGAAGACGCCACCUUCUGCCCGCAGACGGCGCUCAACGGUUUGAGUGCGGACAGUUCAAUUCGGUCCUGGAACUACCCCACACGUUAUGUCAGGCACUAUGCCAAUGUGGCUUAUGUUGCGGGCAACGGUGGCGUGCACAUGUUUGAUGCUGCGGCUUCGUUCAAUGACGACGUGAGCUGGGUUGUUGCCUCGGGAUUUGCUUAG